GAGUGUUUCUUGCAAGCUUUUUAUGACCGUUUCCUGGACGGAGACGAACAAAGCGCUGCCGAUUAAAAAAGUUUCAAGAUGUUCUUCCAUAUUCUUAUUCUUGCCCCACUGCUGUCAAGCGUGUCAGCCACCUCGUAUAUAGGCUGUUAUCAAGACAACUGGGACCGUGUCCUGUCUUUUAAAAAACCAGACCAGAUUCUAACCAACUCACCUGAUGUGUGUGCUAAUCUCUGCCGUGCCUCCAAUUACAAAUACUCUGGAGUGGAGUACACAAUACAGUGUUUCUGUGGUGAUUCGCUGAACAACGCAGUGAAAAAGCCCGAUUCCUAUUGUAACCACCCGUGUUCUGGGGACAAAAGCAAGAUGUGCGGAGGAUGGUGGACAAUCAGCGUCUACAAAAACCAGGGAAUUCCCGCGUGUGAGUCCAAACCAUGUCAAAAUGGCGGAACGUGUGAUGAUACACAAGCAGGAGGCUAUCAGUGCAACUGUCAAGUCGGCUGGCGAGGGCUCCAAUGUGAAACAAGAAUUCCCGCGUGUGAGUCCAAACCAUGCCAAAAUGGCGGAACGUGCGUGGAUACACAAGCAGGGGGCUAUCAGUGCAACUGUCAAGUCGGCUGGCGAGGGCUCCAAUGUUCAACAAGAAUUCCCGCGUGUGAGUCCAAACCAUGUCAAAAUGGCGGAACGUGUGAUGAUACACAAGCAGGAGGCUAUCAGUGCAACUGUCAAGUCGGCUGGCGAGGGCUCCAAUGUGAAACAAGAAUGCCCGCGUGUGAUUCCAAACCAUGUCAAAAUGGCGGAACGUGCGUCGAUACACAAGCAGGUGGCUAUAAGUGCAACUGUCAAGUCGGCUGGCAAGGGCUCCAAUGUUCAAAAAGAAGAAUUUCCGCGUGUAAGUCUAAACCAUGUCGAAAUGGCGGAACGUGUGUGGAUACAAAAUCGGGAGGCUUUAAGUGCAACUGUAAAGUCGGUUGGCGAGGGGCCAAAUGUGCAAAAAGAAUUCCUGCGUGUGAGGUUAAACCAUGUCAACAUGGCGGAACGUGUGUGGAUACACAAGCAGGAGGCUUUCAGUGCAACUGUCAAGUCGGCUGGCGAGGGGCCCAAUGUAGUACCAGAGACGAAAUUGGCAAGAUAUGAGUUUGGAUUGAUAUCGUGCCACGACUCCUCUUUGGAGCUGGAUACAUCGUAUCCAAGACGUGUCAGACGUUCGCCUGCAAUGUAUUAAAAGCAGAACUUUCUUACAUCUUCGAUAAAUAAUUAAUUAAAUUUUCUUUCUUUUGUGUGCUUGUGUGUGGUGUGUUAUACCAAUAUGUUAAACUGUGUAUUUACAAGUAUUUACAUAAAAUUGUUUAAGGACAUCAACGUGCAUAAAAAGCAAGUUAGUAAGUUAUUAAUAAUCAGUUUGCUAUGAUAGAAUUAGUUGCAAAAUACGUUAAAUUUAUUUCGGUACUUUGGUGGAAUUGUGUGCUGUUCACAUUCAAAUUCUAAUAAGGGGAGUUAAUUAAUCGUAAUUAAUACCGCAUAUGCACAUCUAGUAUGCAUGUACUGAAAACCACUUAUAUUGCUACAACUGUGCUCUCCAAUAAA